UUCAGCUCCCUCUUUUUUCCCCUUUUCUUUACACAACUGGUUUUGUUUGCAAUUAACAAGUGCUUAAUUCACUUUGCUUUUUAAUCUUUCAUUCUGCUCUUCAUUUUUGUUUCUUUUUCUUGGUCUUUGCUGUAUAUAUUUUUUUCUCUUCCUCCGCUUUCACUUACUUACUCUUUCAGGAGUGAGCUAUUUGUACGUGCCAUUUGAGCUUAGGUAUCACAUAUCUCUUUACCUUGCUCUUUAUCUUUAUCAGGUUUAUUUUAAAAAGACAUAUUUGUCCAUCAGAAUCUUUUACUAUGGAUUGCAACUGGUGUGCUGUUUGCUCCAAGCAUUUCCAUUGCGAACAUCAAGCAAGCCUUUAUUGCUCUGAUGAAUGUCGCGAAGCUGAUGCAUUGGCUUGUUGCAAUUUCCACGACUGUGAUCAUCCGGAUGGAUCUGCCCAACAUGAUCACCUCACGUUCUGUCAUCAUCAUCGGCCUGCGAUCCGGAUCCCUUCGUUGCCCCUUCUGAACUCGAAUCCAAAUCCAUUAGCAGAGAAAAAAGCCUUUGGCCAACAACAGACUGAUGGAUGGACGCGAUUCCUACAGCAGCAGUACAAUGGUCUGUAUCACUCUCAUUCGACUCAAACGUCCUUGCUUCACACUAUGGACGUAGGGUACGGUGGUUCUCAUCACCACCGCCAACAGCAUGGGAAUAGUCAUGGUCACGGCCAUCACUAUCAACCUCAGUCAUCUGCUUCUCACUCACAUUGUACACGAGUCCACAAUAACAAUAACAGCAACUUUCAACAGCGCUUAUACCAGACCCAUGGGAACUCUCGAGAGUUUCGUGAGCAAUUGCAGCAACAACAGCAACAAGCCCUGAAGCAGUUGCAUCAGUAUCAUCACAAAACUGUAUUUUAUUCUCACACGCGGCAUGCAUCCAUGACUGCAAUCGAGAUACCCACUGUCUCCUCUGUUUCCUCUGAAGAUGCUGAUUGUCUAGUAACUUCUCUGGCAAACUUGUCCCUGUCUAAGGAACAGAAUAUGCUUCCUUCCCCAUGUGGUUCCUUCUCUUCCUCUUCUUCUAAUCUCUCUUUACCCUGUCAGAUAAAGGAUUGUGAGCAACCCUGCGUGAUCCGCAAGAACAAGACUUUGCCUCCGCCAACGCUCUCACACAUCCUUCCAAUGACAAUUUCAAAUCCUGCUUCACUUAGUCCCACACGCGUUGUUACAACCAUUAGGCCUACAUCUCAAAAAAGUGGACGUAGUCAAACUAACCAUAAAGGCGUCCUUGAUAGCCGGUCUUGCGCAUCAUCAUCAGUCUUUUCUUUUUCUGGCUCAAAUGGAAAUGAUAAUGAUGAUAACGAUCAAGUCAAAGACAGAGAGGAGGACAGAAACGUGGACCCUUUGUCGCAUGCGUGGCCUAAGAUGGACAAGUUCUUCUUUUUUCCAGAUCAUUGCUGCCGCACUUCUACCUGUUUGACAGCAACAAAUUGCUCUAUUCGUACAAAAAGUAAUAAUAAGAAGCCUGGCAAUAAGGGUAAUAAAAGCAACAAGGAGAAUAAGAGGGCCAUGUUCGUUUCAGAAUUACCCCCUCCGCCUGUCUCAGCUCGUUCAUAUCGUGAUACAGAUGAUUGUAUCGCAUUGAAGGCUUCCAUCUGGGGUGCAGGCUGGCGUCAGGUCGAGCCCUUGCCCGAGCCACUUAUGAGGGCCUGUCAAAAGAACAACCUACUUUGGGCAGGAUGUGAACGAGAUCAUCAUCACCACCAUCACCGUAAUCAUGGGCACAAAAACCGCGGUAAUGAUGGUAACCUUGGUCGCCGCAAGAGUGCGUCAGAUGCUUCUUCAUGGACUCCAACAGACUGCUCAUGUCGUCUUCCUCGUAGCCUACAAUUCAUUGAUUGAAAGAAAUUUAAUUAGGGUAAUAAUGUAGUAGCAUCCACCUAUUAAAAAGAGCAGAGCCAUCAUGCAGAG